AUGGUAUUUGCAAUGAAGGAAAUCAAUGAGAAUCCCAGGAUCUUACCAAAUGUUUCAUUGGGAUUUCAUAUCUAUGACAGCUACCUCAGUGAAAGGAUGACUUAUCAGACCACCCUGAACCUUCUGUUUAGCUUGAAAGUGAUUGUCCCCAACUACAAGUGUGAGACACAGAAGAACCUAAUAGCUGCCAUUGGGGGACUUGACUCUGAAACCUCCCUUUACAUGGCCACCAUCUUAAGUAUCUACAAAAUUCCUCAGGUCUCUUAUUACUUAUUUGGUCCUCCAAGUGCUAAAACCCAGUUCCCUUUGAUAUACCGAAUUGUCCCCAAUGAACAGUAUCAGUACCAUGGAAUUGUCCAACUACUAGCACAUUUCCAAUGGACAUGGGUUGGGAUUGUCACACUGAAUGAUGCUAAAGGAGAGAAUUUUCUGCAGAACUUGAUACCAAUGCUCACAAAGAGUGGCAUAUGUACUGCAUUCAUUGACAGGAUGACAUUCCGUACAGAUUUCACUGAAUUAACUGAUGAGUUCCAAAGGAUAGGGGAUGUGCUUUGCUUUAUUCAAAACAGCAAAGUGAAAGCACUUAUUGUAUAUGCAGAGACACGGCCCUCAUUGGAUUUGAUAUUGUUGCUGCAUGAAGCAGAAACUGAAGACAUGACAGAGACAUCUCUAGGCAGAUUGUGGAUUAUGACAGCUGAAUGGGACUUCCCAGCAGUACAGUAUCAAAGGACUUGGGACAUAAAAGUCUUCCAGGGAGCUUUGUCCUUUGCAGUUCACUCCACUGAGGUGCAGGAAUUCCAAAAUUUCCUUCUGACUUUAAAUCCUCACUCUCCAAGAGGGGACAAUUUCAUAAGAGACUUCUGGGAGCAAGCUUUUGACUGCUUGAUUUCAUAUUCCAAUGUGGAUGAAGAGAGCAGUGGAAUCUGCACUGGGAAGGAAAAGCUGGAGAGCCUUUCGGGACCAUUUUUUGAAAUGAGCAUGACUCCCCAAAGCUAUAGUAUUUACAAUGCUGUCUAUGUCAUAGCACAUGCUUUAGAUGCCAUGUACUCAUUGAAUUCCAAGCAUGGAACAGUGACAGCACUUCCAAACCCUCAACCAUGGCAGACAGCACCUUCUUCAUUGUGCAGUGACAAGUGCCAACCAGGUUUUGUUAGAAAAAGGAAGGAAGGAGAGCCGUUCUGUUGCUACAGUUGUCACCCAUGUCCAGAAGGGAAGAUUUCUAAUGAAAAAGAAAUGGACUAUUGUAUCAAAUGCCCAGAAGAUCAGUAUACAAAUGAAGACCAAAAUGGAUGCCUUCCCAAGACCUUAAACUUUCUAGCUUAUGGUGAAUCUUUGAGCAUCAUUUUCACUUUUAUGGCAUUUUCAUUUUCUAUGAUAUCAGCCUUGGUGCUAGGGAUAUUUAUUAAAUAUCACAACACUCCUAUUGUCAAAGCCAACAAUCGUGACCUCACCUUUACUCUGCUCAUUGCCCUCCUGCUCUGCUUCCUAUGCUCCUUGUUAUUCAUCGGUCAGCCUCAGGCAAUGACCUGCCUCCUACGGCAAAUUGCUUUUGGCAUCAUCUUCUCUGUGGCUGUUUCUUCUGUGUUGGCAAAAACCAUCACUGUGGUUUUGGCAUUCAUGACCACACAGCCAGGAUCCAGGAUAAAGAACUGGGUGGGGAAAAGACUAGCAGCUUCUAUUGUUCUCUCAUGUUCCCUUAUUCAAGCUUUUAUUUGUACAGUUUGGCUCUGUACUGCUCCUGCAUUCCCAGAUUUGGACAUGAACUCAUUGCCUGAAGAAAUUGUGGUUGAAUGUAACGAAGGAUCUGUCCUUAUGUUUUACUGUGUUCUGGGGUACAGGGGAUUUCUGGCUGUAGUCAGCUUUGUUGUGGCUUUCUUUGCUAGGAGCUUGCCCAGCACUUUUAACGAAGCCAAGUUCAUCACUUUCAGUAUGUUGGUGUUUUGCAGCGUGUGGGUCUCUUUUGUCCCCACUUACCUGAGUACAAAGGGAAAAUACAUGGUGGCUGUGGAGAUCUUCUCCAUCUUGACCUCUAGUGCUGGUUUAUUGGGUUGUAUAUUUUCUCCUAAAUGUUAUAUAAUUGUCCUCAGGCCUGAGCUAAACAGCAAGAAGCACCUAACACAGAGAAAUAUAUGA